CGUCGCGAAUUAUUCCAAGUUUGGUGACACGCCAUAAAUACGACCAUGUCAUAUCCAACGCGACCGAUUUCCUCGCAUAUGCGCGCCCCGAGCACGUCUGCAUCCUCAAGUGGACAGUCACCAGCAUUGUUAGCGCGAAUCGAGGAGAAAAAGGCCGAGCUCGAAAACCUCAAAGAGCUUCGAGAGCUCAGCGCAGCGGUCGCAACACAAAUGGAAGCUUUGGAACAGAAACUCUCGACUCUGUCCGAUGGAACAGAGGCAAUUGCAGCCGUUGUCGGAAACUGGCAUAAUGUGCUACGUGCCAUCAACAUGGCUUCUUCUAAACUGGCCAAGACGGCAGCCGACCCGACAAACGCAUCGGAAGAUUCAACAGGACCUUUGCCUCAAACUCUAGUACGAAUUCCAACAGAACAUGCACCAGCUCUGCAAGCCCAGGCAGAAGCUGCAGAAGCCGCAGCCGAGGAAGAAGAGUCAUGAACAGUCUCGAUCAUGGUCCAAAAUUACGAAAGCCGACAUGUUUCCCGGCAGUUUGUAGAGUGCCUUGCGCUUCAUGGGCGCCUCCCUUGGGAAAUACCACAGGCAACAUCUAUUUGACACACACCGCAUAUUCCUUGCCAUCUCCACGAGGUUGAUUCUGGAUACUGGCAUCCUUGAGCCAGGCAGCAGCAAUCACUUGCAGUUCUCGACUAUUUCAGCACAGUAUACUGCGAUCACAAUGCGAUGAUAUGACGAAGCCUCGACUGCCUCCCAGUGCCUACGAAACAGCUGAACUCAUGCCUGGGAGAGGGCUCUCGGGUGAAUGAGUGUUCAGCACGAAGAUUGGCACCCCAGAAAUCAGGCUUGUUUUCAGACUACAUCUAGCUCUUCCAUCUUUGGGGAUAAGUUUCCAUGCCAAAGGCACCAGGACGCUGGGGGAACCUGGGGUAGUCCAUGAAGAGGGGACAAGCAUUCGCCUGUCAACGUUGGUUCACAGGUCGCAUGUCAGCCGAAAAGAAGCAACAGAAGUUGUUUCGACCCGAGGAAGAUCUGGUGGAGUUAUCACAGGUUGAACGAGGAAUUGGAGUGUGUUUCGUUAUGAAUCCUCCACCAGCUCUUAGAGGCUUAGUAAUUAGUCGAUAGAGUUCAUGUUGGUAUGGAGCGACGAUAUAUGUGGCUAUAUGCUUUAUGUCGUCUUCCAUGGCUAAUUCCUCAAACUUCCUCUAGACUGUCUAGCCGAAACAAAGGAACAAUUACGUAUCCGUUGCGAGUUUACUGGCUUAAUUUGAGCCCUCAAGUAAAACUUUCACAACAACAAUCAUCAUUUCCAUGAUAGUAUAACUGUGGA